UUAUUUCUUGUUAUGCACCUGUUCUUUAGAUUCGUUUUAUGUAAAACUUUCUUAAUUGCUGUAGUUUGCUAUUUAUGUUGAUAUACCUGUUAUACCUGAACUACUCUGAAUAAAACGUUUGUAUGCAGAAGACCAGAAAGAUCAGGCUAUUAAUCUUACAUUUAUCAGAUACAAUUUUACGAGAAUUUAAUGGGAUUAAAAAAAACAUUUUAGGUAUUUCACUUUCACCUUUCGUUCUCGAGGCAUAGACGCAGCCUACCCAAGCUACGUCGACGUGUCCUUCGAAGGAUGCAGACCCUGAACAGCGAUGAGUACCCUUGUCCAAAGGGUGCUUGGGUCCAUCUGGCCAGUUUGCACUGCUACUGGCUGAACACACUGGCAUCCUCGUGGGCGGAGGCGCAGACUGUCUGCCGACAGACGGAAGGAGGUGACCUUGCUAGGAUCAACAGUGCUGAAGAGCAGGAUUUUAUCCAAGUCUCCUUUCCUUCGGAGGCUUCUCUGUGGGUAUGGCUGGUGGACAGUGAUUGGAAAGGAUUGUACCAAGCGACAACAGAAAGCAGCCAGGAGUGGGAGAAAGGCGAUGGAAGGCAGGGUGGCUGCACACAGAUGGCACUGGGCUCCGUGGGGCAGUGGAGGAGCAUGGCGUGUGGCGAACAAUAUCCCUUCCUCUGUCAGAAGGAAAUUGCAGCUUCCCUGCCCUCGCUUGACACCUUCCUUGUUGGGGUACCUCUGAUGUCGGGGAUAUACCAUUCAUGUCAGCCAGUGCUCCUCGCUGGCUCUCCUGACACUGGGCAGCAGAGAGUGGAG